AGGCGACAGCCAGCGCUCAGUUCCUGCAAAUCCACUGCAUCCCUCACUUUUGGCACAGGAGGAACUUGCAGAGAAGGGGAAAGGGGCGAGAGAAUGUACUCCCUUGUCUUGUUGGUCCUGAGCUUUUGUUUGCCCUUCCUCAGAUUGGGAGCAGGUCAGUGGUGCUACGACAUUCAGAACGUCAGCUGUGGACCCGCCACCUGGAAGAAUGAUUAUGCAACUUGUGGGCUGAAAAGUCAGUCUCCCAUCAACAUUGUAACCAAGAAAGCUAAAUUUAAUGAAAACUUGACUCCCUUUAUCUUUCAUGGCUAUGAUCAUGUUGACACGAAGGUUAACUGGCCCAUCACAAACAAUGGUCACACAGUUACUGUGACAUUAAACAAAGACAUUACCAUCAAAGGUGGAAACCUUCCGUAUACAUACAAAGCAGCACAGUUCCAUUAUCAUUGGGGAACAGAGACUGAUCCUGGGUCAGAGCAUACAAUAGAUGGGGAACAGUAUCCCAUGGAGAUGCAUAUUGUCCACUAUAAUGAAAAAUAUGGUAACUUGGAAAAUGCUCUCAAACAUUCUGAUGGUGUGGCUGUGCUGGGAUUUCUAUUUGAGGAAUCAAAUGAAAAUAAUGAAGGAAUUAAUGUCAUCAUCCAAGCACUGAAAUCUAUUUCAACAUCUGGUGGCAAAAGUCAGUUAAAACCGUUUGCACUGAAUAGACUUAUUCCAGACCGUGAGAAGCUUAAGAAAUACUACCGUUACCAAGGCUCAUUGACUACACCUGGCUGUGAUGAGGCGGUAAUCUGGACAGUAUUUGCAGAACCCAUUCCUAUCAGCAAAAACCAGCUCAACACUUUUUCUGCCAGUCUCUUCUACAGUGAUUCAGAACCUAUGAAAUUAAACUUCAGACCCGUUCAAAAACUAAACGAUCGUCCAGUCUAUGUUUCAGAUUCAGCUAUGAGGCUUUUCAAUGUGGUAUGGCUGUCAGUAAUACUUGCAGUCUGGACAUCUAUAUACUUCAACUGAGCAACCUGAGUGAAGCAGAUUUUCUUCUUCUGUCCAGCAGGUAUAAAGGGAAUCUCUAGUGGUAUAAAUAUCUCAGUCUGUACUAAUUAAAAAAAUCGACAUUCUUCUUCUCAUUUUGAGAAGCCCUGGAGUGAAAAAGAAACAAAACAAACACUGUAUUGUUAUCACUUCAGUCUACCAGCACACUUAGCAGAUGGGUGGUAUUUCUGUAGUAGUUUAUAAUUUUUAGUGUAUUUGUGCACUGGUACAGUAAAGAUUGUUUCAAGAUAAAAUCUCAAUAGAACAUGGUUUGAACAAAUUAUGAAUUGUCCUUCACAACCGAAGUCUAGUUUUUACACAUGCUGUACAAUACUGGACUGUGGGUUUUAAUAAUAAUAGAUUAGAAUAUUACAAAUGAAAGAAAAUUGAAGCACUUGAACUUGCAAACACAACCUGCCAAAAAUAGAGUGGACAGUGACCACACUUGGUUGCUGAAACAAGAAGCACCCAGAAAGCUAUCUCUUUUAUCUUGAGUAGCUUUCUCUCCAGGUCCAUCUAACUGGCAUCAUUUCAUCACAAUAAACUUAAAAAUAGUGGGAGGGAUGAUUUCAAGCACCAGUCGUUUUUAAUUAGGCUCUCACCCAUGCGUGGCAGAAUGAGAACAUAGUGAUUUUAACCACUGCCCUGUGGAAACGAUUUUGAUAAGGCUUUGCAGAGAGUACAAAAGAGAUUUGCUAGAAUUAUACAAAGGGUGACGUACUAUUUAUGUAAGGAGACUGAAGAAGCUGGAAUUCACCUCAGCACAGCGUAUGUUAAGGAUCGAUUUAAUAAAGCUGUUCAAACUAUGUGGGGUUUUAAUAAAGUAGAAUGAUUUCAAAUAAUAGGCAAGUUAAUCAAAAGGGAGUUGAAGAUGAUUUAUUUUAACAUAGCAAGUUGUUGCAGUCUGGUGAGGAUUAGAAUUGUAAUUAACAUCUGCUGGGGUGAGUUGGGUGCCUUGCCAAUGAAUUGGAAGACCUGGUUUAAAGUGAAGAUGUGAGAUCCAGGUGGAACAUUGUCAGGUAAAUCACUGGGUGAAUUUUACUGCCACUGCACCUAAAUUCCAGUGUUAUGUAUAAAAAUUACAGUCUAACAAAUAUAUCAGGAUGGAAUGAGCUAUACUCAGAUCCCAUCUCAACAUUAUCUGCCAAUUCAAAUACUGAUAACAAUUUCUUAAUAUGUCAAAAUGAAAUUAAAAUCAAAAGCUUCUCGAGUUGUUUUGCUGAGGUUCCCUUUAAAAUAGAUCCACUUCACAUUUGUUUAGGCUUAUGGUGUUAACAAAGACGUAUGGAAGGAUCAGGUAAAUUAUUUGAUUUUGUACAUUUCACUUUGCAGUUAAAUCCUAUCAGAAUGAAGUUGGUUGCAGUUAUUUUACUGGAUAGUACAUAUGAAAUUGAUGUUUAAUAACACAAUAACAGCUAAUACCUAACCUUAAGCACAAUUAUUUUAGUUAGGACACCUCUGAAUAGAUUCCUUUUUAUAAUUACUCUGAAACAUAAAUCUGGAUCGUUGCCUCAUUGUCAGCUGGUAAAUUUUAUGGUGGUCCAAACUGACUCAAAUGUGUGAGCAAAUUGCCCUGUGAAAAGCUGAACUUUCUCCACCUAAGUGUGCUGAAGUACUUGAAAUCACACUGCAGUAUUAGCAACAAGGGAGCUGAAGUAUACAGGUUAACACAGUUAAAGUUGGGAAAGAAUUUCAUAUAAAUGCAUUAAUUACUAACACACAGCACUUUCAGUUGCUCGUGAAAAAAAAACAUUUAUGUUAUCUUGCAAUAGAAUCAACUAUCCAAAAUUCUAAGGGAUAAGUUAAGAUCAUUUGUACAAUUUUAUGAAGAAGUAAUUUUCAAUUUUACACAGGCUUCAGGGAUUAUAUACAGAAGUAGAAUGUAAUGUUUUGCUGUUGAACUCCGAUUUAAACAAAGCAGAUAUAUACAGUAAUUGGAGAGAAAAGGAUGGUGGUCAGCUCCACAUACGGAUUUCAGCAGUCAGUGAUCAGUGCCAUAAGAAAAACAGAAAAUGCUGGAGAAACUCAUCUGUGGAGAGAGAAACAGAGUCACCAUUUUGAGUCCAGUGACCCUUGGAUUCGAAAUAUUUGUGAAUCUCUCCAAAGAUGCAGCCAGAUCUGCUGAGUUUUUCUAACGCUUUCUGUUUUUGUUUCAGAUUUCAGGCAUCUGCAGUUCUUUAUUUUUCUUUCAAUAAUCAGUGCCAUGUUUCACACAAACACUUUACAACUUAACAAUUACAUAGAAUGGUACAGCACAGGAAAAGGUCCUCCAGCUUAUCAUGUCUGUGCUGACAAUGAUGCCAUCAAGGCUAUUUGAAGAUCACCGGUCUGCUUCUGAAUUGCAAACUGGACUGAUAGAAUUUCUUUCUUCCAUGCUAAAUGACAUGCAUAACAACCCUUCCUCCAGCCUUUUACAUCCAGCAAAUUGAUCCCUGAGUUAUUUUCAUGUCAGCGUCUACCUUUAUCCCACCACAGUGUUAGCCUGACUCGCUAUAAUGAGGGAGAGAUGGUGAGUUGCCUCCUCUAUCCAUGGAUGCUGACCUUGUAUUCAGAGAUCAGAUCUCUGCUCUCUUGCUUGAAAAACACAUGUUUAACUCCAUUCUUUAAGACAUUCAUGGUAUUGACCACUUGCAUUGGUAUGUGCGAUGGAUUUUAUAAAAACCAGGAAUAUGCAAGUUAGAGCAAAAAAGUGUGAAUGGAUAGAGGCUGACUAGAUUUUCUUUGUCCUUAAAUUUGUUUUUCAGUGCAGUUAAUUAAUUGGAUGAUUUAAAGAUAUUGGUUAUGUGUCUUUAAAGUGGAAACAUGCACCUCCCUUCAUAAAUUGAAACAACUAUUCAGUGUUGACCAUCAACUUUGGAGGAUUAUUAAAUGUAUUGCAAUUUCCCAUUGUUAAACGCCUGCAUUUCUUCAGUGUACUUCUAUUGUUUAAUUAUGUUUGUUUAUUUCAGUCUAGAUCAGUGUUUUUUUUUAAUUAAACUAAUUAUAUUGUCCUUUGGCAGAACUUAUUAACAUUCCAAUGGUUUGAGCCAGGCAAUGUGAGUGCUGCACUGACCUUUGUAUUCAUGUUUCCUUGGGCUGAGUUUUAAAUUUCAGAUAGGUCAUCAGGGAGAGGCACUGAGCAAGGCUGCGUAUGUGGCAAUUCUCAGAGGAAGGGAGUAUUAUUGACCCACACAUACUUUAUAGCAGUUAGAUACACAGUUAUGUUGGCAGGGACUAAGGCCCUUGUCACCAUCUGCAGUGAAUGGUGAAUAUAGAGAGCUAAGAGAUGGCAGAAAAUUACAUGCAACAUGGAUGUGAGUAGUGUCUUCCCCUAAAUGUUAGUUUUAGAUUAAAAUUAUUAAAUGCAGUCCUCAGUAACACAAACUUGGCAAUUUAGAAUCUGAAACAAAAGUGGAUAUUAAAAAGCCUCAGGUGCCAUAGUGGUUAUGACAAUUUAGUAGUAUGUGUGUGUGUGUGUGUAUAUAUAUAUGCCACUGUAUCUAUAUUUUUGUACAAGCAGAAAGUUGCCUCCCGUUUAAUAUAUAUGUGUCUUUGCAAGCACAUAAAAUACACACAGAGUUGAGGGAAAAAUGGGACAAAAGUAUUAAUUUACAAAAUCUUUGUAAUGCUGACCAGUUGAUAAUUCUCUGCACCUGUAUAAAUGUAAAUGAUAUCAGGUCAGAUGGUGAAGGAUAUAUUUUUCCCUGGGCGGUGCAGUGUUAUAAUUUGGCUGUGUGGUUUCAGGUGGCCUCAAGACGAACAGAGCAAUAGGAAUAACAAAACAUUGCAAAGUAAAAUAACCUCAAAAAUAAAUCCAUACAGAGUUCUAGUAUACUUGAUGCUGGUGGAGAGUAUGUAUUUGUGAACAGUUAGUUUCUUAUAAUUGUGUAUUCUACCUUAAGUGAAGUAACAACAAAGCUAAAUACCAGAGAUGUUCCACUGUUGAGACCAUUGAACAAAGGCUCCUUUGAACAGAUGCAGCUGCAUCUUUGUUUGCUUCCAUUUGACCAAGUUAUUUUUGUUAUAAGACAUAGAUUGCAUUAGCAAUGUAAUGUUAGAGGAAAAUAUUGUUGCUAAAAUCUUUUGAUGUUGUAUGUUCAUGGGAAGAUAAUAGCAAUUACAAACCGUUGGACUCUAUAAUCUGUAUUCAGUAAAGAAAUCCUGUAAUAUUUCUGUACAUUUUCAAUUGUAUUUAAUGCAAACAUGUAAAUAAAGUUCACUGGGGAUUUGUAAUUUUGUUAACAAUAUGAAUAUAUCAUGGCAGUACUGAGAGAACUGGAAUAUUGCUAUUGAUAUGUAAAUGAAAAAAUAUUUUGUAAAACAGAAACCUUUUGGAACCAGAUAUUUUUCCAGUUCAUUUUGUGACUUCGAACAAUAAAGGAAUGUGCAAUCUAA